UAUUUAUUAGAUUCCAAUGUUUCGACCAUACGGAUUAUUCAUUAUUAUUUAUAAUUACUUAUAUUUCUUAUAUUAUCUUGUAGAUCCCUCUAGUCCUACUCAUUCAAAAGAAAUAUGCAACGAAGAACUGAAUGAGGUUGAACGAUUAAAGAAACAGCUGGAAGAAGUCAACAGAAAACUUGAUUUGGCCCAAAAAAUUAUCUUGAAAAGUAACCGAUCUAAAAAUAUGUUAAAAAAGCAUAUUAAGAGGUUGACACAAAUAAAAAACAAUUCAAAGGACCAAAAUUAUGUGAGAUUAAAAUUAGCACUGAAACAAAUUUUUAAUGAUGAUCAAAUAGAAGCACUCAUGCGUCGAUCCUCUCGCGGCCAUAUGUGGUCUAAUGAUACCAUAAAAAAGGCACUUCGAUUGAAAUUUUCCUGUGGUUCUACUGGCUAUCAGGAAUUACUGAAAGAAAACCUGCCUCUGCCAUGCGAACGUACACUUCGAAGGAAAGUGGAAAAAAUUCAAUUUCAGGAGGGAAUUUGUGACGACAUUUUUAAAUUACUAAAAGAUAAAGUUGCUCAAUUUAAAGACGUUAGAGAAAAAGACUGUUCACUUGUAUUAGAUGAAAUGUCUAUUGCUCCAGGCUAAAAAUUUGAUCCAUCCACACAGUCGUAUUAUGGAACUGCAUCGUUUUGCACGCGUAAUGGUAUGUGGUUUGAUAACAAGUUCAUAUGUAUUUGGUUAGCAUUUGGUAUUAUUGAUUUUUUUGUAACAGAUCCCGAAAACUACUAAAUCUUGCACUCAUAAAUGCAUAUAAUACUACAUUGUUUCCUAUUUUGUGUAUAUAAUUCGUUUUUGCUUGUGUUUCUUCAUGCAUGUAGGAGAAAAAGUUGAAGCUACGCAUGGUUUGAUUUUUGUGCUUGCUGGUAUCUUUUCACGCUAGAAACAAAAUGUUGCGUUUUAUUUAACACCUGACAGCUAUGAUGGAGCAUUGUUACAACCUAUCGCACUUGAAAUUAUUAAAAAAGGUGAAUCUAUCGGACUUUACAUACACAAUAUUACAAACGACAUGGGGCCGAAUAAUUUAGCGAUGUGGCGUAAAUUUUUUGUUGAUUUUGCUGGACGUUAUUCGACAGUAAUGAACUCAGUUACGCAUCCUAUUGAUAAUAAUCGUAAGCUUUGGUUUAUUGCUGAUCCUGGUCAUCUUUUGAAGAAUCUAAAAUUUUGUAUGAUUAAUAACAAAAUUAUUACUUUGCCUGCGAAAAUCAUUAAUGAUAAUAAUUUGUCAUCUUCUGUCGUUGAGUGUUUGCAUGUAAGAGAACUUACUGAAUUUCAAGAAAAUUUACAGUUAAAACUAGUGCUGAAUAUAAAAGUAGACGAUUUUUCGAGUGGCACUUUCAAUAAAAUGAAAUUUAAUAAAGCCAAAAAUUUUUUAUCUCGUAACGUUAGUGCUAGCCUACAAUUUCUGGCGACUCAAAAUUCCAAGCAAGCGUUCUGUACGACAGCCUUUUUUAUUGAAGUCGUUUCAAAAUGGUUCACGUUGGUGACUUCACGUACUCCAAACAUUGCACUAGGGAAGACAUCAGGAGAUGAAUUUUCCGAAAAGAAAUUUGAAGAAUCAAUUGCAUUUUUAAAAUCGAUUAUAGAACUUUUUCAAGAAAUGACAGUUGGAAAUUCUAUGCAAUUCAAACCUGUGCAACGUGGAGUCAUUAUCACUACCAAGUCCAUAAUUGAAUUGUCGACUUAUUUAAUCAAUGAAAAAGGCUAUCUACAUAUAUGUACUAGCAGGCCGGUUAACGUCAGAUUGUGUUGAAAAUAUAUUUUCUUGUAUCAGAGCUAAACAACCCAGUCCAAAUUCUGUACAAUUUAAGCAAAAUUUGAAAAUUAUCGCCAUAUCAAAAUAUUUAAAACCAGUACAUAAUUCUAGCUAUGAAGAAGAUGAUAGAAUUAUUACUGGUGAUUUUUUGAGUAGGUCUAAGACAAAAGAAAGGAAAAAACAGUUACCAUCUGUUCCUGAUUUGUCAACGAAAGAAAUACACAUAGGGGUCAUUGAAAUGAACGUAUUGUAUAACAUUGCCGGGUAUAUUCUCUCCCGUAUUUCGAAUAAUAAUAUUUCUUGUGAAUUAUGUUUAAGUUCUACUGGAUCUCUGACAUAUAAACCGGGUUUAAAAUUUGCAAAGUUUGUGCAGUUGAAAUCUUUUCGACGUAAUACGCUUUUUUUCGCUAAUAACACAACAUUUGAGUACUUUUAUCAAAUGGAAAUAAUUAUCAGGCAAUACUUACCAUAUCUACAAACGAAUUUUGAUACGAAUAAAUAUGAUUUAGUUAAUUUUUUUCAGGAAAAAAUGAAGGAUAUUGCAUGCGAAACUUUAAAAACCUGUCACAAUAUAAAACUUAAAAUAAUGACACGCUUUAUUCGAUUUCGACUUCGAAUAGGGAAUUCCAGAGGCCGUUUACCGAAGAAAGUAUAUAAUAGUAAAACUAUGGCUAUGCAUGCAACAAUACAAUAAUGUACUUAAAUACAGAGUGCUACGCAACAUAUUGAUUUCCGGUCAUGGGAAGGUACAGGGGACUAAGACAAACAGAAAAGUC